UGGUGGAGAUUGGGUGAUUGACGCUUCAGGUAAAUUUAGAAACUGUGAUAGAGCACAACAAUUCAUAGAAGCUGGAGCUACAAAAGUUAUUAUUAGCGCGCCUUUCGAAGAUGCUCCCAUGUACAUUGUUGGCAUGAAUUUAGAUAAGUUCAAUCAUGAAGAUAAGAUUGUAUCGAUGGCUUCCUGUACAACUAACUGCUUGGCACCGAUAAUAAAAGUUCUCCACAAAAGAUUUGCCAUAGAAGAAGCUCUAAUGACAACCAUCCAUUCUGUGACGAACAGCCAAGUCCUUAUCGACGGAGCUAGACCACACAAAUGGAGAUUUGGCAGAGGUGGCAUCCAGAACAUCAUACCGGCUAUUACAGGUGCAGCAAAAGCUAUUGGAAAAAUUAUACCUGACUUGAACGGAAAAAUAACUGGACUGGCAUUCAGAGUACCAACACCCAUAGUAUCUGUGAUAAAUGUAUUAAAGAAGCCUAUCUUCAUUCUAUUGGACCAGGACCAGGUGGAAGACGAGUUGCGAGUGUUGGGAGUGCGAAAUUGGAAAACCAAGGCGAAGGAUAGGAAGGAAUGGAAGUUGAUUCUCGAACAGGCCAAGACCCACCAUGAGUUGUAGAGCCAAUGAUGAUGGUCUUCAUUCUAUUAACUAUUAGAUGUUUCUCAUCAUAACAAACUUUUCCGAAAUACUUCCCUUGUAACGAAUUGUGCUUGAAGAGAGAUGCCGCGUAUGCCGAACAUAUCUGGGAGGGAUCCUUGAUAAUAUUAAUUUCAGCGUCGUUUUCGAUAGCUGCUCGCAGGAUCAUACGCCCUAUUCUGCCGAAUCCAUUUAUCGCGAUAUUCAUAGUUAAUUACAUUAACGAUAGCAAAACUAUCAAAAACGAUGCUGAAAUUAAUAUAAUCAACGAUACCUCCCUGAUCUGUAAUAAUUCACUCAAUAAUUUUGAGGAAAUAUAAAAAAUUUGUUUCAAAACUGACACUUUUUGUUAAAACAAAAAAUUUAUACAUAUAUUAAAGAACCAGCUUUCUUAAAAUUCUUUCUAGAAAACAUUGCUAGCUCUUAGACUAAUACUACAAAUUAAAAUUUACCUAUCCUUAACAUUUCGUUGAAGGUGUUGGUAAAUAUGAUUUCUGGCAACACUAAGUUAUUGGAUGGUAGGUAUGUAACUACUGAGUUUAGUACUUUGUACAUAUUUAUUACCAGUUGUGAAAUGUUCUAAGAAUCUCUAAACCUAAAAUUUUGUAUUUUGUGUUGGUCAAUUUUACUAUUUUACUGCGCAAGUUAGGAUUUCAUAACUGGUAAACAUUUGAGUACUGCAGUUUUAGGGCAGAGUUAAUACAUUAAAAUCGACUUAAUUUCUUCCCACGAAAUAAUUAAUUA